AGUAACUAGUCUUUUCUUGACAGGAACAAAUUGAGAUUAUCUUCAUGGUGAUCUUCACACUUGAGUGCUUUAUGAAGAUCAUAGCAUACGGGUUUGUCCUCCAUCCAGGAGCUUAUAUAAGAAGUGUAUGGAAUACUUUAGAUUUCCUCAUUGUCGUCAUAGGGUUGGUGAGUGGGGCAUUGGACUUCCUGAUGCAGGGGGAAGGAGGGGAGGCGGGGUUUGAUGUGAAGGCCCUUAGAGCCUUCAGAGUCCUGCGUCCCCUCAGACUUGUCUCCGGUGUCCCAAGUCUGCAGGUGGUGUUAAACUCUAUUCUGAAGGCUAUGGUCCCACUGCUCAACAUUGCUCUUCUUGUUAUGUUUGUCAUCAUCAUCUAUGCCAUCAUUGGUUUGGAGCUUUUCUCCGGUGCACUUCAUUUCACAUGCUAUAAUAAUGAAACGGGGAAUCGAAUGGAGGUGCCACAUCCAUGCGACAAUGGUACAGCAGGUUUUAACUGCUCAGAACUCAACAAAGAUGGUCAAUUUUGGGUAUGCCGAGAUGGUUGGGAAGGGCCCAAUUAUGGCAUCACAAACUUUGAUAAUUUUGGCCUCGCAAUGCUGACAGUUUUCCAGUGCAUUACCAUGGAGGGCUGGACAGACAUGAUGUAUUAUAUUGCAGAUGCCAUGGGCAACAGUUGGCAGUGGAUCUUCUUUGUUUCCAUGAUUAUUCUGGGUGCCUUCUUCGUCAUGAAUCUGAUUCUUGGUGUCCUCAGUGGAGAAUUCUCAAAGGAAAGAGAGAAAGCUAAAGCCCGUGGAGACUUCAGAAAGCUUAGAGAAAAGCAGCAAAUAGAGGAAGAUCUUCGAGGGUAUCUUGAGUGGAUUACCCAUGCUGAAGACCUUGACCUUGAGGAAAAGGAUGAUAAAAAGGAGUCUGACGACGGGCGUCGUUUAGUACUGCCGGGAACAAGCAACCGCGGAGCCAUGUCGGUGGCCUCCCCAACUUCCCUUCUGCUCUUCUUGCCCCUCUUCUCUAUGCGUAACUCUAAAGCUGUAGAAGUUGAUGAUAAAGGUGAUGAAAAUGAUGAUGCACAACAGCCGUCAUGGUGGCAGAGAAAGAAGAAAGGAUUUGAUCGGUACGGUUGCAUGCUUAAAUGUUUAUAAUUGAAGCACGUUUUUAAUGUGGUAAAAGUUGAGAAAUAAUUUCAUUAAGUUUUGCUGUAAAUUUCAUCACUAAAUUUAAUGUUAUUUUGUAAAUAGCAUUGAUAACAAGAUUUUUUUCUUUUUACUACAGUCAGUAGAAGUUAAGUAAAUGUUGCCAUUUUUUAGAAUUUACAGAAUACAAAUGAUUCUGUAAUAAAUUGAUAAAAGACCUGUGAAGAUAAUUCCUAGUUAUAAAAAACCUAUAACUCUCAUGAUCAUGAAAACAACCUUAAAGAAAUCAGGUACUUCAUUAUCUGAUGAAAGGAAUAAGAGAUGUCUAAAACAAGGAUCUCUGACCUAACUUGUCAGAAAAAUGAUCAAUAUGCCUGUUUAAAUAAUAUUUUAAAUCACGUGCUGCCAAUUCUUGUUUUGUUUACUUAAUUUAUGUUUUUAAUGUGCAUUAUAUUUUUAUUUAAAUUGUAAAUUACAUAUUUUUUAGUUUUAUGUAAAUUUUAAAGGAUUUGAUUGAUGUAGGAUGUACUUUUAAUUUUUAAGGUUAUAUGGAAGCUCUUUUCUUCACUGUUUAUGAGAAGGAAAUUACUGUAAUUACUCUGAACUUGUUUACAGUGUCCUGUUUAAAUCUUUCUAAUAUUUACUUGUUUAGUGGUCUGUUAAUUGAGAAACAAUUUUAUUGUAAAUAUUUAUGAAAAAAUUCUUGAGAAUUAUGGCCCAAGAUAUAAUUGAUAAUUAGAAUUGUUGUAAUAUUUUUUGGUGGGUAUUAAAUAUAAUUUUUAACAGCUACUUUUUAAAUAUAUAAGACAUGGUGCCAUGUCAUUUAACUUUUAAAAUGAGAUUGCAGCAGAACUCCAUAGUUUGCAGUGGUCAGGUUCCUAGAAAUAAUGUGAAUAUGGAAAUCUGGGGUAGGAGCAUACCAAGGAAAAUGAAAAUAGGGAACCCAUUAACCCUUAAACUGUCCAAAUGUAUGCAGGUCUAUGUUCACCUGCAUGGCACUCCAAAUAUUUUGAAAAAUAAAAAAAAUAAUUUUUGUUUUUAAAUUAGAGGCAAUUUUCUGUGUGGUAUAAGACCCCCAAAAAAUUUUUAAGACCAGUACUUCCCGAGAUAUAAGAGCACGAAGUUAUCUCUGGAUGCUCACCUGACAGCAAUAUCCAGUCCUGCCGCUUGCAGAAGUGUUGCCGAUUUACCUUUUUUCUCGUUUUUAUUUUAAUUUACAUAAUUUUUAUGUUCUGAUAAUUACAAUUUAUAAUACUAGUUCUUGUGAUUUCAUAGCCAAUCUUUGUUCUGACACUAAUAUUAUGUACUGAAAUAAUACUUAAAUUGUAACAAUCACACUGACAGGUGAGCAUUUUCACCUGCCCUAGUCAUUUACUAUAGUCUAGAAACAUAUGCAAAGUAUUUAUAGGUCCCAGCAAUGUUUUAGACACGCUGGAGUAUGAAACUCCUUGAAACAUGGCGGGAACCUUGCCAUUAUAUGUUUUUACUCUUGCACAUAAACAUGUCUUUGUAUGUCUAUCACUCUGUCUUCCUGUCUAUCUGUACAUCUGUCUGUCUGCCUAGCUCUACUUAUCUGUCUGUCCAGUUCAACUUAUGUCUUUCUGUCUUCUGUGUAUACCUAGAGUAUAAUAUGAGCUUGAAUAAUGGUGUUAUGACAAGUGUCAGAUAACAAGUGACAUUUGAUGAAUGUGCACUGCUGGAGGGUGAACCCUUGCCUUUACUCUUGCACACAAAUAUGUCUCUGUAUGUCUGUCUAUCUGUACAUCUAUCUAUCUGUCUAGCUCUGCUUAUCUGUCUGUCAAGUUCUGCUUAUCUGCCUUUCUGUCUGCCUGUGUGUGUCUGUCUUUCCACCUUCUUGUCUCUGUCUCAGGGAGCGGCUAGUAAGCCUGUUGGUUUGUGGUGUAUGUGCCGCUCCCUGAUUGCUGAGCAAGUGACACUAUUAUUUGCGUCAUGUUUGUUUGUCUUAUAUCUACAAACACUAUAUAGCACUUGGCUUGGAAUUUUUGGGUUAUCCUAGGUAAUUUAUACUAUGUGUAACUGUAUUUAUGAGUACAUGUGAGAGACAGAGAUAUAGACAGAGAUACAGAUAGACAGUGAUAGAUCGACAGAUAGAGAUAUAGACAGACAGGUAUAUAGAUAGAGAUAUAGACAGAUACAGACAGAGAGAGCCAAAGCCAGCUGAAGACAUAAGAAUAUAAGAAAGAAGGAACGCUGCAGCAGGCCUAUUGGCCUAUGCAAGGCAGGUCCAUGUCACCCCCCCCCACCAAUUUAGACCAAUGACCCACCUAGUCAGGUUACAUCCACUGAAAGAAGGAGCACGACAUAUGACCCAGUAGCACAAGCUAGUCAGGUCCAACUCGCACCCACCCACACCCACUUGUGCAUUUAUCUAACCUAUUUUUUUUACUUUCCUCUUAAAAUGUGAGUGUUAAUAUGACAUGACAUCAGUGAAUCACUGGUGUUUGCCAUGCUAUUUGCUCUAGCUGAUGCUCAAUUGAACUGGUACUCCCACAAGGUACCAAGUGGUCCCUGAUUUUUUUCAUAGUGCACACACUGAAUGCACAGAGCCAUUCUUUCAUGUGUAGACGAAUCAGACUAAUUGCAUCAAAUUUGAAGGAAUGAAAAAUAAAACAUUGAUCUGCGUUCGGAGCCUGCCGCAUGUGAACUUAUAUCUAUGUGUGGACAGUUUAAGGGUUAAAAUCAUAUGCCGCAGAGGUUAUGUUUCCAAAAAUGCUAUGAAUACAGAAACCUCUUGUGAGGGGUCAUGCAAAAAAGGCAUUCAGUAAUUUGAGGUAGCCAGUCCCUAAGCCUUGAUAACUAAGAGUCAUUCAUCAUCAGCUGAAGGACUAGACACCACCUAUCAGUGCUGAGGGACUAACCACCUAAAAAAAAAAAUUAUAUCAUCACAUCUUCAAUGUUUAUUCUCAUAACCCAUAAACGGCCCAAACGUAUAUAUACGUUCACUACCGUACUGCCCCAACUUUUUUGAGAAAAAAAUCAUUGUUGUUUUUUAAUAGGAAAAAAGAGCAUAUGGUACCUAGGCAUCCCCAAUUAUUUUAAUAUGGUGCACAGUGAGUGCUCGCACCCAUUCUCACAUGUCUAGGUAACUAAGGCUUAUCGUGGCAAUGUUAAAUGUAGGACACAUAAAAUGUAUAUAUACGUUUGGGGCACUAGCGGUAAAAACGUAUAUAUACGUUUGGACCGUUUACGGGUUAAUUGGAUUGAUAAAGUCACUAGCUGUUGAAAUGUCUCCACAGUAAAGAUACCCAAGUGGUAAAUGUGUUUUUUUCAUCUGCUUUCCAGUUUUGUAAACAAUUAAUAUAGUAAAAAAGAUAUACAGAGGGUGAAGUAUAUGGAGAGACAUUGAAGCAAAAUAAGUGGUGAGGGAGUGCAUGUGGAGAGGCAGUGAGAAAUAGGUAAGACUUUAUCAGGAAAUUUUCUUGAGAAUAAUAAUAAGUUUUGGAGACAGAGUAAUGAGAUGAGAAAGCCUGGGAAAAAAAAAAACUAGGCAAUUAAAAAUGAAGGAGGGUUGGGGGAUUUAGAUGGUGAGGUCAUUCCUAUAAUCACCUCACCCUGCUGCUCUAGCAGAGAUGAGCUGUUAGGUCGGUUAGGCUGUUGAUGCAUGUGGCACUACCAUUUAAUUUUCAACAGUUUGCAGGAACUAAUUAAAUUUACUCAUGAAGACAGGAAAGGUUUAAGAUAAACACUGUGUACAACACCAAUAGUUGUUUAUUUCCCAGAAAUUUGGCAUAAAAAACACGGUUGUAAGUCGAGUGGUCGUAAGUCGAGCAGGUUGUAAGUCGGAUGGUAGGUGUAUAUUACAGAAAUAGAUAUGAUUUAGAUUGCUUUCACGACGAAAAGUACUUUGAAAUAGAGCUCAACCUAGGAGAAAUGGUCCAUUGCUUGGCUGUUUCCCAGCCACCUAAUCAUAUUUAAAAUAUGUGAUUACGUAUGUUAAGAAUUGUGGCAGUGGCAGAGCUUUUUUUGGAGAAAGGACAAGAUAGUCCUUCAGUAUGACACAUUAGUAAUAUCAACUCUAAGGCUUAUUUAUCUGUUACAAUUCAUCUAAUAUGACAUAAUAAAAAAUAUUAAUAACAUAGAAACAUGACAUAUACUCUAGAAUGAAUAAAAUACAUCAUUAAGUAUGUCACGAGUUUUGCUGUGUUGUUUUUGUGGGGUGUAUAAGGGCCACUGAGAGCACAAGCCUUACAUGGUGGUGGAGGCGGAAGCAGAGGCGGUACAGAUGGCGGCGUUGUCAGUUGCCCUAUAUAACUCCAACAACAUUGGAGGAGUUAAGUUCGUGCUGUCCUUUUUCUAUCAAUUAAUUGCUUAACUUGCUUGCUACACUGUUAAUGCUUCACUUUUAUUCACACAAAACCUCUUCAAGGGGGGCUCCUUGGCGUGGUGAAGAGGCUCUUGGUCUGAGGAAUUAGACCUGUCGGUCUACUUCCUCAGACCGAACCUAAUUACCCCCCAAUCCCCCAUUCCCUAUCCCAUCCUCCCCUUUUUCCUUUCCUCCUCCUCCUCCCCACCCCUCCCUUUUGCCCUUCCUUCCUUUUUUUUUUUUUUUUUUUCCCCACAGGCACACUAGUUCCUAGGUAGGGGAAAGGGUACCGGGGUCCAUCCCAUUCCGUUGAGGUUCUUGGCGGUGGCGUAGUUUGCCGUGGAAUCUGGAUUGCCUGGGGAUGUCCUGAUCCCUCUCCGGUAUCCCGGAGGGUGGCUUUGGGUGUCUCUCGGGCGACGGGUGUAUCUCUGGAAGCCACCUUUCAGAUUCCGGGGGUGGUGGCCGAAGGAGGUAUGCUUUGUGGUGGAUUUCUGGCCGCCCUCUCUUUUGUCCACCGAGGUAGCUCGGCAGAUGUGAGGUUGCUAUCCCGGAUUGCCGGUUUACUGGCAUGAUGGGUAGGGUAUGGCAUGGGUUCCAUGCUGCAUCUGCGCUACUUGCGGUGCUGAGGUCCUCUUGGGCACGGAGGGAGAUUUCUGGCCCUUUCAUUCCUCCUAGGAACUAUCCCUCCCCGGGAAGGGGAACGAUUGGUGGAAUGAUGAUGUAAAGAGAGUAGUAAGGGAGAAAAAGUUAGCAUAUGAGAAGUUUUUACAAAGUAGAAGUGAUGCAAGGAGGGAAGAGUAUAUGGAGAAAAAGAGAGAGGUUAAGAGAGUGGUGAAGCAAUGUAAAAAGAGAGCAAAUGAGAGAGUGGGUGAGAUGUUAUCAACAAAUUUUGUUGAAAAUAAGAAAAAGUUUUGGAGUGAGAUUAACAAGUUAAGAAAGCCUAGAGAACAAAUGGAUUUGUCAGUUAAAAAUAGGAGAGGAGAGUUAUUAAAUGGAGAGUUAGAGGUAUUGGGAAGAUGGAAGGAAUAUUUUGAGGAAUUGUUAAAUGUUGAUGAAGAUAGGGAAGCUGUGAUUUCGUGUAUAGGGCAAGGAGGAAUAACAUCUUGUAGGAGUGAGGAAGAGCCAGUUGUGAGU